AUGUACAUAUUCAAGAACUUAAAUAUUUUGAUUUCGACAAUUAUUGUAUAACUCCACUUUAUUAUUUUUGGUUUUUUAAUAAAUGAUACUUGUUCAAGGAUCAUCGAGAUAUCCUUGUACAUGUGCGAUGUUAAUCACUUGCUUUUUAUGGUCAAUUGAUAUACAAAGUUGUUUGUUCAUGUAAUCUAUGUUCUGGGUUGUUACUGAUUUUGCCCUUAUAUGGUUUUUGCCUUAAUUUUGGAUUAAAUUUGUGAUUAGAUUGUCUUGAUCAUGUACAAGAGUGGAAUUUAGCCCUUUUUAGUGCUAAAAUUCAUGCCACAGUAUUCUUUGUUAAGGCAUGUCAGAUUGCUUUAUUAUGUUUUUCGAGUUUUUGUGUUCUAGAGUUUGCUUGAAUUAUGGUUUGAUCUGAUUGCGAAUUUCCUUUUUUGUUCACAUCUUUGUCCUUUCAUUACAAUUGUUGAUCUCCCACUGCUAUUUUUGUUGAUUUGGUGCCUUUUUCCAUUAACAUCUCGAGCAUUUUCGUGUUGGAGACUACUUAAUUUUGAUGAUUCCAAUUGGAUGUGUUAUGAAUUUGCUAAACUUGAUAUGGUUCUGUUAGAUGGAAAAGUUACUUUUAUUUACAUAAUUUUUCUUUACAUGCUGUCUUCUAAUCCUCACUGCUAGGUUAGUUUAUUCUGUGAAGUGGUGUGGCAUUUUUUGAGUUUGUGAACUCUUGCAUUAUUUUGUUCAGUUUGAUGUUUUGAUUUUUAUCGUGCGUAUGCUUGCAGGUUUAAUGCCUGAAUACAUACUCACGUUCAUGAUGUAUAAGUUGAAAAUUGAUGUUUAAUUGUAAUAAAAUGAUAUAGUGAAUAUGGAACGAAAUGGAGUAACCUGAACGCGCUUUUAUGAUUUUCAGAAUAUAAAUAUCUUCGCUAGUGCCUAGUGUGGGCACUGCAGAGUUGAGCAGUGCCCAUGGAUGCCACUACUAGCGGAAUGUCUAGUGUUCAGUACCAUAACAUUCCCGAGCAAACAAUUACAGCUCUUGUCACCUCUCCCAUAGCAACAUUUCAGAAGCAGCAAAGGCAUUGCUUUGGAAAUGCUAGCCCAGGGGAAUUCCCGUUAUCUGCUAAUCCUUCUAUUGUUCUUCAUGUCCUUACUGCAUGUAAUUUGGAUCCGCAGGAUCUUGCAAAACUCGAGAUAACAUGCUUGUUCUUUAGACGGCCUGCACACUUUGCCCCCCAAUACGAGCUCUCAUUAUCAGAACUAGCGGCUCUUGAUAUGUGCCGGAUGAGAGCCAUAUUUAAGCCAAUGACCGAUGAGCAAAGGCUAGAACUGAAGCAAAUGUGCGGGGGGUCAUGGAAACUUGUCUUAAGAUUCCUGCUGGCUGGAGAAGCAUGUACCCGGAGGGAAAAGUCGCAGGCAAUAGCCGGUCCAGGUCACAGUAUUGCUUUGACUGCUAAAGGAGCUGUAUACUCUUUCGGGUCUAAUAACACAGGACAACUUGGACAUGGAACCAUGGAUGAGGAGUCCCGGCCUCGCUUAAUUAGAUCUCUGCAUGGCAUUCAUAUCAUUCAAGCAUCAGUAGGGGCUGGCCGAACUAUGCUGAUAAGUGAUACAGGAAAGGUCUAUGCCUUUGGGAAAAAUUCCUUUGGGGACGCAGAAUUUGGGCCUCUAGGAAAUAAAUUUGUAACUAUUCCUCAGCUAGUUGAAUCUUUAAAAGACAUUUUCGUCGUGCAAGCUGCUAUUGGAAAUUUCUUCACAGCUGUAUUAUCGAGAGAAGGCAGGGUUUACACAUUUUCUUGGGGGAAUGAAAGCAAACUUGGCCAUCAUACUGAAGCGAAUGAUCUCGAGCCUCGUCCACUGUUGGGGCCGCUUGAAAAUAUACCAGUAGUUCAAAUUGCUGCUGGAUAUUGCUACCUCCUUGCUUUGGCUUGUCAACCUAGUGGCAUGUCAGUAUACUCGGUUGGUUGUGGAUUGGGUGGAAAACUUGGGCACGGUGCAAGAACCGAUGAGAAGUUACCAAGAAUAAUCGAGCAGUUCCAGUCUUUGAAUCUUCAACCUGUUGUGGUUGCAGCCGGGGCUUGGCAUGCUGCAGUCGUGGGAAAGGAUGGGCGGGUUUGCACGUGGGGCUGGGGGCGUUAUGGAUGCUUGGGCCAUGGGAAUGAAGAAUCAGAAUCCAUUCCAAAGGUGGUUGAAGCACUAAGCAAUGUCAAAGCUGUCCAUGUUGCUACGGGGGAUUAUACGACUUUUGUUGUUUCAGACAAUGGUGACGUGUAUUCCUUUGGGUGUGGGGAAUCUUCUAGUCUUGGGCAUAACACUGUGGCUGAAGAUGAACAGGAAAAUGGGCAAGUAAAUGUCUUAAGCCCCAAGCUUGUAACAUCACUAAAGCAAGUGAACGAAAGGGUUGUUCAAAUAAGCCUCACGAAUUCCAUAUACUGGAACGCCCACACUUUGGCCCUCACAGAAUCCGGUAAGCUAUAUGCAUUUGGUGCUGGUGACAAAGGACAGCUAGGCGUCGAGCUUGUUGCAAAUCAAACCGAACGGCCAAACCCCGAAAGGGUUGAGAUUGAUCUCGGUUAACUUUCGUCUCUGGAUAAAACUCCUGCUCCUUUCUCUGCACAAUUUGCUGCUCUUGAAUUAUGAUUUUAUGACUUUCAUCAUACAUUUGAAUUUGCUGGCGAUAUUUUUCUUUUUAUUCUGUAAAUAGAAACAAAUGAUUU